AUGGCAUAUAUUGCUGUUUGCACAGACCCAAAGAAGAUAAAGAGAUUGGGAAGACGAGAUAUAGUUGUUGCAUGGAGGGGAACUGAAACACCACAAGUAUGGAUGCAAAAUCUGAGGGAUAUUUUAGUUCCUGCGACCUUAUCUCAGUGUACUGAAUGUCCCAGCAUACAAACAACUAUCAAACCAGGUGUUCAAAUAGAGAAGGGAUUUCUAAGCUGUUAUACCUCGGUAAAUGGAGACUCUCUGAGCGGCGGGUUGAGCGCAAAAGAUAUUGUGGUAGAGGAAAUAGUAAGGUUGUUGACUGAGUACAAAGAUGAAGAAGAUGUGAGCAUUACGUUCACUGGACACAGCUUGGGACCUGCACUGGCAACUAUAAGUGCAUAUGCUAUGAAACAAAUUGUAAUGGAAGAAAAUGCUACAAAAUCAGUACCUGUCACAGUUUUUGCCUUUGCUUCUCCACGUGUAGGAAAUUUAGCAUUUUCCCAAUAUCUGGAGGAGAUCGGAGUUAAAGUGCUGCGGUUUGUAAAUACAUGGGACUUGAUUCCCAAAGUUCCUGGAGUUUUUAUCAACGAGAACAUGGGAUGGCUCACUAGAUCUCUGCACUGGCUUCCAUGGACAUAUGUUAAUGUGGGAGUCUCCAUUACUUUGGACAGUAGCAAAUCUCCAGUGUUGAAGAAAUCGUAUAGUCCAGCCAGCUUCCACAAUUUAGAGGUUUAUUCUAAAGAUUAG